AUUCGUGACACAAAUUCAUAGUCAGCAAAGAUGUUUACAUUUUGCGCUAUCACCACUAUCCUCUACGUUCAGUUUUAUUUAACUUAUUCCACUUUCGUUUUCCGUGAUCCUUACGAACUCGAAGUUGGUUCUACUUGCAGAUUCAAUGGCAACCAAUCCGAGGGCAUUUGCAGGCCAGUUCGAAAUUGUCCCGGCGCACUUAGAGAUUACAGAGAACGUAAUAUUACUGUUACUGUAUGUGCUUAUGAUUCAGACAGCUCUCCAAUAGUUUGUUGUGGAUUGAAAAGGAAAUACGAAGUUUAUUGUGAACAUUAUUUUGGUGUUCCUGAGCUGGUUAAUGUGUGUCCACGUAUGGGAUUCAAAUACAAAUGUUUCGAUAGUAUCGGACAGACCUAUACUGUAGUUGCUCCAUCCGGAGGUAUUCGAGCCGGCGCAGUUUCUCAUAUGGCAGCACUUGGCUGGCGCUAUAACGGGACGACUCAAUAUAAAUGUGGAGGGGUAGUGAUCAGCAAGACUUUUGUGCUGACGGCGGCUCAUUGCACGGAAUCUUAUGGGCCGAAGCCGAACGUUGUACGAACAGGCGCUGAACAUCUACAAAAACAGAAUUCACGCACCACCUAUCAAAUACUCGAAAUAAUUUCGCACCCUGGAUACAGGGCACCAGUCUAUUAUCACGAUAUAGCAUUGAUAAGAUAUGAAAACGUUAAUUGGGAUCAGUACGCGAACCCACCAUUUGCCUGCUUGCCUCCAGAGCAUCUUAUCUAUGAUCAAGACAUUACUUAUAAUCCGUUACAAUGGGAACACCUGGAAGCGCUAGGCUAUGGUGCCACAUCAUUCGGUGGUCCGACUGAUGACAAGUACUUGGUCAAAGUAAAUAUUGACGUUCUUGCUGACGAACUGUGCACUAAUGCAUUCCCACCUGAUGAAAACCAACCAAACGGUUAUCUAAAUAGCACUCAAAUAUGUGCUGGAGAUGUAAAUAAAGGCAACCGAGAUACUUGUCAGGGAGAUAGCGGUGGACCGUUACACCGACGAUUGAAAAGGACAUUGACCUCUGGUAGAACAUACUACGUGUUUGGCAUCACGUCAUUUGGCCGAUCAUGUGCAACAGGGGUUCCAGGAGUUUACACUCGCAUCACAUCUUACUUGGAUUGGAUAGAAAGCAUUGUGUGGCCAACGGACACAAUGGGUGCCAACGACAUUGAAUUGCGUCGUAUAAUUUCAUGUUCCGAGGAGCAAAAGCUGUGCUUAAAGAAUAUCAGAAACUUUCACAAAAAGGAUGAUCCUUUAUGGCCUGAAACAUUUUCUGAAAAUGACCCUUUUUAUGAUGAUGCACUAAACGACAUAGGGGACGAAAACGAAAACAGUAACGGGACCGCAUCUGAAAACGAUGACGUCGAGGAUGACGUAUAUGAAUACGAAACAGGUGAUGAAGUUGAAAACGGCGACGAAUACACUGUCGACGAUCUCGGUUAUGGUCUGAUGGAAGUAGAAGUGCCACGCAAGCAUAAAACUGUGUAAAAUGUAUUUCAAAAGCGAGAAUGUGAUACACCAUUGCAGCAUUGCACUCAGUUUAAAGAGAAAAUAAAAUUGUCUACGAAUGUUAAUACGACACGACACGAUUGUCAACGAUU